AUGGGUCAACUUUAUGGUGCGACUCUUUUACCAUUUGGCGCAAUCUGUGUUGUCUUGCUGUGGGAAUCUGGUGCCAGCUCAAUCAGGGCGACGCUCGCCGUGGACACCUCGAGAGCCGAGUGUCCAGAUAAUAAGAUCUUGACUGUGGAGUAUCCCUGUGUCAGAGCUGGGGGGAAGAACAGCACUUGCUUCAGGAGGAAAUGCUGUGACGGAUUCAGGUUUGUGAUGGGCCAGUGCAUACCUGAAAACGUGGAUGUGUGUGCAGCGUCGCCCUGUGAGCAGCAGUGCACUGAUAACUUUGGACGUGUCGUCUGCACGUGUUACCCCGGAUAUCGCUUCGACCGAGAGAGACACCGCAACCACAAAUCUCCAUACUGCCUGGAUGUUGAUGAGUGUGAGCACCCCGGCAGCAGCAUGUGUGACCAUGAGUGUGUGAACACAGCGGGCAGCUUCCUGUGUCGCUGUCACAGCGGCUACAUCCUGGCACCGGACCAACGCUCCUGUAUCCCUGUGCACAACUUGAGUUCAUCAGGCAAGUCAGACACAUUGAUGAGUGCUGGCACCUGCUCGUUCACCUGUCAGGACUUUAUCAACAUGAAAAACAGCCUGCUGCAGCUAAAACUAAAGCUGGGCAACACACACCCACAAUCACCCAACCAGGUACCUGACCUGGCCAACAGCAGUGACAAGCCAUCUCUGGGGAGGGCAGGAAAAAGUCCUGAUAGUCCCUGUCUUCCUGGUCUACCUGGUUCUCCUGGAGCUCCUGGAGUCCCAGGUCACCCAGGAGAACCAGGAAAGAGAGGGGACCCAGGGGAGAGAGGCCCGCCUGGUCCUAGGGGUCCACGGGGAGACAUGGGACCCAUGGGCCCAGAGCCUGACCUGAGGCACAUCAAGAGAGGCCGCAGGGGCGCAGUGGGACCACCUGGGGCACCAGGAAGAGAUGGACUAAAGGGUGACAGAGGAGCUCCUGGUCCCAGAGGUCCACCUGGACCUCCCGGCUCCUUCGACUUCCUCCUGCUAAUGAUGGCCGACAUCCGCAACGACAUAAUUGAACUGCAGGAGAAGGUGUUUGGGGAGCGGCGAGGCCUCUCUCUGGACAAUCCUCCUCAUUCCAGCGGGGAAGCAGAAGUUGUAGAGUGGGGCUCUGGACACGGAGAUCUCAUGCUCAAUACCUGACCUCUGACAUCCCACCCACAGUAACAGUCACUCAAGCCCGGCAGAACAAACACCAACCCUGACUCUUUGUUGCUUUAGUGAUAAAGGAUGCUGGUGGUCAAAGUGCCAUCAUGUAAAUAACAUCUAACCUCACAGCUGGGAUGAACUGAGUGAGGACCCUUGUUUUCACUCUCAACACCGCCACAGACAGUAAAACAGAGAGACGCCAGGAUUAUAAAACAGAAACUGGACCACAGACUCUCUAACCACUGCAAGUACUGUGUGGCUGCCUCUCAUACGCUGUGGUGUGAGAUGUAGCAUGUGCCUUUAUGUCUGAGCUUCUGAGCUGUGCCUCGGAGCUGAACCACUUCAAACGACGAACUUUAUCGUCUUCAUCUCUUCCUGUUCCCGUGUCUGUCCAUUGGACCUCUGCUGCCACUGACAGUUUGCCUGCAGGGAGUUGGUACAAAGACCCAGGACCUGCACUGUGAGCCUCCGCUGCACCUGCCUGCAGUAUCCUGACCUCGAGUUUUAGCUCUGCAGCUAUUGUCUACUCUGAGGCAUCUUCAGAAACUACGUUACAAUACCAAUCCUGUACACAGAAACACUAUUGCCUUAAAAGAACAAUUAGAUAAUGUUAAUCGAAGUAUGAUUAAUAAAACACAUAAACUGCUGCAAUAUGUUCAUCCAAAUAUAAUCUAAGAGACUUUUUAAAUAUUUAAGACAGUUGAAGAAAGUACAAUCUGCUGCUUAUAAAUAAAAUGCAGCAUUGACUAUUACACUAAACGUUUUUAGAGAGUCUUUGAAUUAAAAGGAUUCAAUUGAUUCAUGCAUUGGGAAAGUGAAGAUGAUCACAAUCGAACUGACUCUUAAUCAGAGCUGAGGAGGGCACAUAUUCUCACACUUUUACUGGGGAGUUGAGCACAAACAUGAAGAGACAUUAAGAUGGAAGGCUGCUUGAAAGUUUUGUGUUUUUUUGUACUGUGAAGCAGCUGCCAUAUCUCAUUCCUGAAUAAAGGUUUGUCAAAAUCUAAAACUUUAAUGUUGAUUUUAUUUUUAAUGUAUCAUCAAAUUGCAAAAAAGGAAUAAACUUUCCAUUUCAUAAUCAAGAGCAAUAAAUAAACCCACUAAAGGAACAAUUCCACAUUUUGAGAAAUACGAUUAUUUGCUGUCUUACUAAAUGUAAGCUGAGAAGAUUCCACUCUCAUGUUUGUCCAUUAUGUGAAGCUACCACCAGCUGUCAGUUAGCCAAGCUUAGCAUAAAGCCUGGAAACAUGGAAACAGAUCACUGAUUCUUUUUGCCACGGCAGUGAACGGCCAUGCAACACACAUUACAGUGUGCAAUGUUUUUACUUACAGCUGUGAGGUAGCUCCAGACGUUGCUUCUCUUUUGCUCAGCCAUCACUUCAUGUCAGAUUUACCAAGUGGUCAGGAGGCGGACCGGGGAAAUCUACGAGGGGUGCAGUGUGUGACUUGUGCACACAGCAUGAAAACAGUACAGCAGUAAAGAAAUAAAGAGUCGGCUUACAUGUGCUCACGACAACAGAACGUUUUUAGACAGAUGUACUCAUUGAGGAAAAAAAUGUGUGGUUACAAUGUAGGGCAGAAAUUGAAACUGAUCCCUUUAUAUUGAUCCAACUGACGCUAGAAUUGAUCUUUAAGAGGAAUAGAGAGUUUCAGUUAUAUUGAUAUUUUGGAAACGAGCUCUCGAGGAUGAAGUCUGGUUCAGAGCCAGACCUUCUGGAGGGAUAAACAUCCAGAUUCAAAUCAGAUUCUCACAGGGAUUACUCUAAGCUUUUGAGAUGAAAAUUAAUCUCUGUUUAUGUAGUGUGUUGACUGAC